AUGGAGACUCCUACUGGAAAAAAGCAUUGCAACCCAUGCACAAUAUGUGAUGAAGGUUCUGGUCUGAGGCUAAAAAUCAAAUGUUCACGAUCAUCUGAUACAGUUUGUGAAGCUCUGGAAGGAUAUUUCUGUACUGAUGUUAUUGAAGGCAGCUGUGCUGCUGCAAAAAAGCACAGCAGCUGUAAACCUGGACAAUAUAUUAGCAAGAAAGGAACGUCGCUGUCAGACACUGAAUGCUCUGAAUGCAGCAGAGGAACAUUUUCUAAUGGAUCAUUAACACUCUGUCAGCCACACACACAAUGCAAGGAACUAAAUCUUCAGCUGGUUAAAGAAGGAACAACUUCAACUGAUGCAGAGUGUGGAGAAAAAAAUAUAUAUGUGGCUGCUGCUGUUGGGAUUUCUGUUGUACUAUAUUAG